AUGGUUCUUAAUCAUAGCUUACGACCUAUGAUUAAGAAUCAUUCAUGGUUUAAAAAGCUCUGCCAGGAGGCAGUAUGGGAAGCCUUCCGGAUCUUCAUGGAUCGAAUUCCUCAAACUACAGAAUACCAGAACUGGGUUGAUGCAUGUCAACAAGAAUCUUUUUGCCUAUUUGACAUUGGAAAGAACUUUAGCAGCUCUCAAGAACAUCUGGAUAUUAUUCAACAGAGAGUUAAAGACAAGAGAAUCCCUGAAAAGAAGGAUGAGAUGUCUACAGAAGCUACUUUCUCUCCAGUAGUAAUUGAGGACCCUCUUGUGUCUACAACUGAUUUCCCUCAGUCUGAACCGGCUUUCUUUGUUACCACAAAUGACACUCCUUUGAAUGAAAUUCUAAAUGAGUCAAAACAUUUGUUACAGGAAACAGAAGUCACCAACUUAGUACCAGAGCAACCAAAACAGCAGAUUGUGGAGUUCACAGUUACCCUCAACAACCAAGAAUUUACAACUGAGCUUAGUGAUCCAAAUUCCCCUCAGUACCAAGAGCUUGCUACAAAUUUUCAGCUUCAGUCGGUACUUGCCAGAAGGAAAACCUAUGCUAGUAUUUCAGUAUCUCUACGACUUGUUACACCUCGUAAGAAAAUGCAAAAGGUGUUUGAAAAUCUUCCAGGGUUUAAGGAAAUACAGGUUCUACGCUUUAGAUCUGAUAGCAUUGUAGUGCGCUAUGCUGUGGUCUUUGAAAGAGGCAGCUCUGAAUCUAAAAAUAAAAUUGAUGAGACACCUACUAUCGCAUCUAACAAAGUUGAGAAUGGUAACAAUGAAGAGGCAAGAGAAAUGUCAUACACUGUGAUAGAACUACAGCAGAUGGUUGCCAUGGCACUGCAUGAUGAUCGAUCUCUGGCGGUGGACCUACAAACUCUCAUGUUCUCAGAUGACCCAGAUAUACCUUUAGAUCAAGUUGAAAGUGGCACUCGUCCUCCAGUCACAGUGGUAACAUCCAAAAUGAAGACUAAUUUGGAUAACAUUUUAAUUCCUGAAGUUCCAGCUGGUAAUCCCACUGCAAAAAUCGAGCUACAGCCCACAGACUACCGAUUCACUGCAACUACAUUCCCACUAGACAAAGAGACAAUUGCAAAUGAGAUUGCAGCAGAGGCCCAUACUAAAUUUAUGAGAAGUACAUAUAGGACUUCUUAUGCAGAAGAAUAUGAGGCAUCAACUACUUCAUUCCAGCAUGAAGUGAAUGUCGAUCUUCAAACACAAUCGUUGGAGGAGUUAAUUAAAGACAUUAAUAAUAAGGUCAACGAAGGUUUUACCGUGCCUUUAGAUACUCCAUAUGCCAAUAGUAAAGUAGGUCAAAAUGAACUAGAAGCAAUGCUAGAAAAUAAUGUCAUAGAUACAUCAAGUAAGAAAACAUCUGAUAUAUGGAUACUGAGGUUCCAUUAA